UCUCCCGUCUCGCUCUGUCCCUCUCUGUCAGUCUAUUUCCAGUGCUAGCUGUGUCAGGCGAAUAGCUCCCAGCUUGGAAUGACACAAAUAGGAAGACAGACUCCAAUGCUCUAAGAGGGUCAGACACCAACAGACAAAGAACAAGACACUUCAGAAAACAUCAGGAACUACGGAAAAAUACUGAAAACUGCUAAAGGAACCUGCUAUUAACUACAAAAAUGGACUCUGACAUGGUGUUGACGGAGUUACAGGAGCUUCAGCAUGAGUCGCCAGAGGCCGUCGCUCAGGAGGAUGACGACGAGGUGGAGGAACUCAGAAACAGUCUGCUGGAGGUGGUCCAGGACCAGUCUGUGAAGCCCAAGCUGCAGUGUCUGAUAGUGGACCCGUCCUUCUCCAUGGUGACAGUUCAGCGUGAGGACAGCGGCAUAGUCUGGGAGACGGCCUCCAGCCGAUGCUCCACCCCCUGGGCGUCGGAGGCCAGCUACAGCUCUGACACCUACAGUUUGGACGGCUCUGCUACUGGCGGUGGCGGUGCGCAGGGCAAAAUCACCAUUGUCUUCGAUGAGGACAAGAUAGUUCGGAGGAGGAAGAGGACGAGAGGGAAGGGCAGGCUGGGGGAGAGGCUAAGGAGACCCGGGAGCUCCAGGUCUGGCUCGACACUGGGGGUGGAGAGGCCCGAGAUGGCUGAGGUGUCUGUGCCCAACAUCCGAGUGGAGAGUGUAGAGUCAGACACCGAGUCAGGGGAAGUGAAAGACAAAGAGCAGGAGCUGUUUAGUCUGAUCUCAGAGGGUUAUGAGAUCCUCAACAUCAAAGUCCCGUCCAAACUGCCCACGGUGGACGAGGAGGAGAGCACUGAGCUGCAGGAUAACCUGUCCUACUUGGAGGAGACACCCAGGAUCAGGUCCAAAUCCAGACGGGGCUCUGAGGCCUUGCCUGCCCAGGACCACCCAGAAAUGGAGGAGGUACAGGAGGGCACAGAAGGAGAAGAAGUAGGAGAGUCUAAGCCCUCAGAACCCACAGAGCAACAGGGGCCUCGCAGCCGCAAGGACGGCACCAGCGACAUGGACUACUUUGAGGCGUUUACCCUGCUGGAUGAGGAGGUGCCUGGGCAGCAGGCUCCGGAGCCAGUGGGAGACGAGGCACACACAAAGCCACAACGAGAGGAGCCUAAUCUGGGGCAGAAGACAGCCACAGACAGCCUCUCUGCAGCUCCGGACGAUGACUUUGUGUUUGUCACAGACAUGGAGAUUGCCAGCGAGCGUCUGGAUGAGGUGUUCUACGGGAACAAACACCAUGCACCCCCAGAGGACCUGACGAAACGGGGAGAAGAGGAUGACGAGGAGAGAGGGAAGGAAGGUAGAAGGGAGAGUCUGAGGUCUCUGAAGGAGAGUGGGUCAGCACUGUUCAGCAGAGAGGAGAGCAUCCUCACCCCCAUCUUCCUCUCCCCGGGACCCCCUAAGAUCAUUGAUCCCAUCCUGCUAGAGGAACCCACAGCCAUGUCCUUCCUCUACUCCGACCUGUACGAGGAUGCCAUGGGGGAGAAGGGGAGGAGCGACGAGGAAGGCUCAGAGGCAGAGUGCGUAGCGUCGGACAGAUCGUUCCAGAGGCGACUGUCUGAUUCAGAGGAAACAGACGGAUAUCUGGAGAAGUUUAUCCUGAAAGAUGAGACUCCCAAUGUGGAGGACCAAUCAGCAGAAGCGGAUCGUCAAGGGGAGGGGCUAAUGAUGUGGUCGCAGAGUAAGUUUGAGCUGACCGGAUUCCUAACGAGAGUGGUGGAAGAAGAAGAAGAGGAGAAGGAGGAGGUCAAAGCUGCAGAGAUUAAUGGGUACCUGCAACCAGCAGGAUAUAAAGAGAUGGACGAAUCAACAGAGAUGGAGGAAUCAACAGAGAUGGAGGAAUCAACAGAGAUGGAAGAAUCAACAGAGAAAUCUUUGCUGCAGAUCAAGGGAACUGGUCCUGUUAAAGACUCUGAGUCUGUAAAUACAGACAGCAAAGUGUCUCAGGUUGAGAAGGACCAUCUAGUCACAGGAAAGAAACCUGAGAAGGUUGAUGUGGUAGAGGAAGCUAAAAGUGAGACAACACCUGGGGCACAUGAGUCAGAGGUUGACAGACAGGAGGAGGUAGUGUCAGAUAAUGUAUCCCAUGAAACAGAGCUACUAGCUCAGGCACAGGAGGUGGAAAAUUUAGAGGAAGUAGAAGAGUCUAGAGUGGUGAAACCAGCUGUAAUUCAGGAGCCUGUGGUUGUACAGGUGAACCAGGUUACAACUGAAAGUAAAACAGAGACUGUAGUUAAAGCAUCUGAACCUGUAAGAGCAGAGGAUGCUAUUAAAUAUCCAACUGAAGCCAUAGCAGGAGCACAGGAGCUACACAGGGUGUCUCAAAAGGCACUUACUGAUUCAUCAAAAGUAGUUAUGGCGAAAGUAUCAGAUGAUACUAAAACGGCAUCUGAAAUUGCAGCUGAAGCAAUCAAUAGAAUGGAAAUGCUAGCUCAAGCACACAAAGUUGAAAAAGUAGAGAAUAGAUCUGAGGAGCCUGUGAGUGUAGCGGAGGAGGCCUUCCCCAGUGUCACACACAAUCUUGAAGCAGAAGUAGUUCCAACUGCCCCUCCUGCAGAAGCUGCGGAGCGGUGGUCAUCACCUCUAGCCCCUGCUGAGGGAGAUGAGGGACAGGAGGAAGAGCCAAUGAGGAAGCAGGACUUGGAAGGUGAGGAUGAGUGGGUGUUCACUCCCCUCAGGAGCUUCGCUCCACAGGAAGACCUCUCUGAGCUGCACAGAGAAACUGUGGUUUCAGAGAUGGAGCUGCACACUGAGGCUGGGGUCCCAGAGAGAGAGCUGCACAGGGAGACUGCAGUGGAGCUGGAAUAUGAGAUGAUCUCGCAGCAGGAGGCAAGAGAGAUGCUGGUGUCUGAGACAGAGAGAAAACAGCUGUGCCCAGGCCCUUACUCUGAUCUAGAGAGAGAGAGGGAGCUGGAGCAAGAAAAGGAGAGAGAGAUGGAGUUGGAGAGGGAGAGAAAGAAGCAGAAGGAGGAGAAGGAGAGGCAUGAGCAGGAGCGACAGAUGGAGUUGGAGAGGGAAAGAGAAAGGAAGAGGCUGAAGGAUGAGAAGGAGAGGGAGGAGAAGGAGAGUCAGAAGAGAGAAUGGAAGGAAAUACAGGAGAACGAGAGAGAAAGAGACAUGCAGGGGGGUGAGAAGGAAAGACAGGCGAGGGAGAUGGAGUUGGAGAGGGAGGGAGAACAUCAGAAGGAAGGGGUGAGAGAAAACAUCUUGAGGGAUAUGGAGAGGCAGAAGGAGCGAGAGAUGGAGGACAGGGUAAGAGAAGAGAGAGGGCUGGAUCUGCCCGCUUACGAGGAGCCCAUUGAGGCUGACUAUGAGAUAUUUGAUGCGGAGGAGGAGAGCCAGGCCAGAGCAGCUGCUGCCCUACAGGGGAUGGAUUGCUUCUGUCUGGGCUGUGGUUGUCUGCUCUCUAAGACUGACAUACUGUCUGGAGGACAUCAGGAUCAUGAGGUCACCAGCGUGGAAACAGCCUACGAAGACAUGAGGGAGAGGCUGAGUGAGUGGAUCUCAGAGCUGCAGGAGAGAUCAGAGAACGUUGAGGUUCUGGUGUCAGAACUAGAGCUGGGAUACAACACUGUAGAGGACCGUUGCAGGGACAGUGAGGAGGUGAUGGAGGCUCAGAAUGAGGAGAUGAUGGCUCUGGUGAUGGAGCAGUACAACACCAUGUCUCUGAGCAUGGAGGAGGAGAAGAAGGCAAAGCUGGAGCAGCUUUACGACCAAAUCGUUUCCUUCCAGGAGAGUAUAGACCAGGCCAAGGUCACACUGGACACCACCGCUAGAGAGGCAGAGAUAGACCCAGACACACAGACAUCCAAAGACAUCUAUAUGAGGUUAACAGAAGCACUACAGUCAACCAUGUCUCUGGAGCUGGGUCCUCGGGGACUACUGGUGUUUGAAGACUACGCCAAGGGCAAUGCAGCCAAUACACACACACGACGCAAGGGAAUCCCAGUUCCUCAGAAGCCAUCUCUGCAGCCUCAGGAGUGUGCUUCAGCCAGCAGCACUAGUGUGACUGUAUACUGGAGGGUCAACCCUGGAGACAUCAUAGACUGCUUCCAGGUCUACUGUAUGGAGGACCCACAAGGAGCGGUGUCUGAGGAGUACCGCGUGACAGUGAAGGAGAGUUACUGUGUUCUAGAGGAGCUGGAGCCUGACAAGGUUUAUAAAGUGUGGGUGAUGGCUGUCAACUACACUGGCUGCUCCCUGCCCAGUGAGAGACUACCCUUCAGAACUGCCCCGUCGGUGCCAGUGAUUGAUACGGGGCGGUGUACGAUACUGUGGGACUCGGCCACGUUGCGUUGGAGUGCGGACAACCAAACACCCACACAGAGUUACACCCUGGAGUACUGCAGACAGUACGCCCUUGAGGGAGAAGGGCUUAGGUCUAUCUCAGGUAUCCAGGGCAGACAACAGAGGGUACUACUGCAUCCCAAUGAGAACUACCUGUUCUACAUCAAAGCUGUCAACAAGGCUGGAGCCAGCGAGCAAAGGGAGGCUGCUCUCAUAUCUACCAGGGGAACUAGGUUCCACCUGUUGAAGGCUUCGGCUCACCCUGUCCUGAAACUGUCCGAGGACCAGACCACCCUGUACUACCCCCAGGACACAUACACAGAGAGAGAGGAUGUGGCUAACGAAUGUCCAUCUGUCCUGGGUGAGUUGUUACCCAUGAGGGGGCAUCACUACUGGGAGACCAAUGUUACCAGAAGUCCUGCAUACCGGGUGGGAGUGGCAUAUGAGACAACCAAUAGGGACAGCCUACUGGGGGAGAACAGCACGUCCUGGUGUCUGCACUGUGUCCCUACACCCUACAGUUGUCGGUUUGAGCUGCUCCAUGGCAGUGUUCAGUCUGAUGUGUUCGUGGGGGAGGUGCCGUCUCAUAUUGGCACACUGCUAGACUACCAGCAUGGCCGUCUGUCCUUCUAUAACACCCGGAGCGGCCAGCUGCUAGGGACCCUCGCUCACCGCUUCACCCAACCAUGCCACCCUGUCCUGGGCAUGGAGCAGCCAGGCAGCCUGAAAGUCAGCAUGACCCUGGAGGUGGCCGACUUCGCCAAGCACAGCUAGGCAAGCACCAGAUCUUCCCUAUGCAAGCUAUGUGAUCAAAAGUACCCAUGGAUUUAAUAGAAAUCAACAUUUAUAAAGCUAUAACAGUGAAAGCUACAGUUUUUAUGGAAUAAAUAGCCAGCCUCUGGACUCCUCUCCCCCGCAUAUUAAGAACUUGUGUAGCUGGUGUUCUUUAGCUGUUCUCUCCCCGAUGAGGGUGGUGCCUAUACGUAGAUGUAUCAGGACAAUCACUGACUCAGUGAUGAGAGAGAGACAGGAGUGAGAGAGGAAGAACUGUAGUUGCUUCAGUAGUAUAGCUUUGAAAGAAAGUGCAAUUCUUGAAGGUAAUAGGAAAAACAUAAUUGGAGCAAAAGUCAAUAUCUAUCGGUCAAUUAUUGCUGUUUUAUUUCUGUUGUGAAUUUGACUGAGUGUGUUCUUGUUGAGGUGAAAUGUUUCAUCUCUGAGAUUGGUAUUAAUUCAUCUUUUGGUUAUAUUUUUUUUUAAGUUUUGUAAAUUGUUUUGCGUGCUUUAGUUUAUCCAGUAUCUCCUUCUCUCUUUUCUCAGCAGUCUUACUCAUUUCUCCUAGUGCCUUUAGUAGAAACAGUAGGCACAGACUACCGAGAUGCAUAUUCAACUGUAUGCAACUACCAGGGUAUUGAACCCAGGUGGUCUGUGUGACUCAAUACUGUGUUAGCCCACUGAGCUACGUAAAAGCAAGUCAAGGUCAUUACUUGGAGAUGGUGUUGAUAAAGACUGAAGUAACUAUUUUGUUUAAAGCACUACCUGUGUUUCAUGUUGUGAAUACUUUUGUAUAAAUAACCUUGUAAACAGA